UUUUAACCGAAAAUCGCAAAAACGCGACAAAAUCAAAGGAGAUAAAUCCGUAGGGUACACGAUAACAAAGGCAGUACAAUAGACAUUUAGGCGGAUACCGCGGAUACCGCCGCGGACAUUCCAUGAACGGUCACCACCAGUUUAUGCGCCAGCAACAGCACCACAGCCACCAGCAACACCAGCACCGCCACCAGCACCAGCGUCUCCUGGAGCAGCAACAGCGAUAUAUCCAGCAACAGUGCAGCCGACGUCCAACUGCCUCGGCCGCAGAGGUGUCGCCUAAUCCUGUUGCCUUUCAACCACCGCCGCAGCCGUUGUUGCCGCCGAAACACCGGCCACGGAUCGUGCACCUCGACGACGAGAACGCGCUGACGGCGGCGCUGACCGCGGACGGUUACCGGUUGGGCUCGACCGUCGGCCACGGGUCGUACAGCAAGGUGCGGAUAGCGUUCAAGACGGUGCCGGUGACCGCGACCACGUCGUCUACGGCCCGGGUGGCGUGCAAGGUGAUCAACAAGCGGCGCGACGGCGGCACUUCGUCGUACGUGCGGAAGUUCUUGCCCCGAGAACUGGACGUUCUGCGCACGGUCCGGCACCCGAACGUGAUAAAAACGCACCGGAUAUACGUGACGCCGUACACCGUCCACGUGUUCAUGGACUACUGCGAGAUCGGUGACCUGCUCAGCCACUUGCAGCACGUCAAGACCAUACCGCAGUGGCAGGCGCACACGUUUUUCAGGCAGAUAUGCGAGGCCGUGGAUUAUCUACACCGGAAAAACAUAUCGCACCGGGACAUAAAAUGCGAAAACGUGUUGUUGGAGAGUAUGCGGACCGUCAAAUUGACCGAUUUUGGGUUUGCCCGGUUGUGCGCGGACGAGCGAGGGCGACGCCUGAUGAGCCAGACGUACUGCGGCAGUUCGUCAUAUGCUGCACCCGAAGUGCUACAAGGCAUACCGUACGACCCGAUUUCCUAUGAUAUGUGGGCAUUGGGAGUUGUGCUUUACGUGAUGCUAUCAGACGCCAUGCCAUUCCCACACUCUAAUCGACAGCAGAUCGUGGCUAAUCAGAUUGCCAAAAAGUUCUCCAGACCUAAGAAACCCGUGUCUCGAGAAGCAUUGAAACUUAUCUCGAUUAUUUUAGAACCAGACGUUAAUAAAAGAGCAACUAUGAUUCAAGUAAAACAUCAUCCAUGGGUUAAACAACAAAACCCAUAUCAUACUCAUUAA